ACCUAGUGUGUGACUGUGAGCCUCAGAGAGGGAGCGAGUGAGUGUGAGGUAUUGAGGUGAGGCGGAAGCUAGAAAAGGGGCUCUUUCAGGAGCGAGGGACAAAGGGGGCGUGAGGCACCUAGGCCGCGGGACCCCAGCGACAGGAAGCCGCCCCGAGCCGGGCUACCGGGUAGGGGAAGGGCUCGCGCAGCCCUCACAGGGCCCGAGAGCCGGAGUCGGCCCCACAGCCCCGGGCCGUCGGUUUCCUACUUCCUCGACCUCCCCGGCGCCUGGGCCUGAGGAUUGGCUCGGCGUGGGGAGGAGGGGAAACAGACUCGAGCGGCUCCCCGUUGUCUCGCAACUCCACUGCUGAGGAACUCUCAUUUCUUCCCUGGCUCCUUCACCCCCCACCUCAUGUAGGAGGGUGCUGAGGAGUCGGGAGGGAGGAGGAGCCUGGGCUACCGUCCCUUCCCUCCCCACCCCCUUGUAGGGGCGCUUUGGUAGGCGUGGGGCUGGGGCUGGGGGGGAGGGUGGGGGUUACUUUUUGGAGUGCUGGGGAACUUUUUCCCCUUUUUGAGGCCAGGGGAAAGGGAAUGCCCAAUCCAGAGAGACAUGGGGGCAAGAAGGACGGGAGUGGAGGAGCUUCUGGAACUUUGCAGCCGUCAUCGGGAGGUGGCAGCUCCAACAGCAGAGAGCGUCACCGCUUGGUGUCGAAGCACAAGCGGCAUAGGUCCAAGCACUCCAAAGACAUGGGGUUGGUGACCCCCGAAGCAGCACCUUUGGGUACAAUUAUCAAACCUUUGGUGGAGUAUGAUGACAUUAGCUCUGAUUCCGAUACCUUCUCUGACGACAUGGCCUUCAAACUGGACCGGAGGGAGACUGAUGAACGUCGCGCGACUGACCGGAGUGACCGCCUGCACAAACACCGUCACCACCAGCACAGACGUUCCCGGGACUUACUAAAAACUAAACAGUCAGAGAAAGAAAAGAACCUGGAAGCCUCUAGCAAGUCGGGAUCGAUGAAGGACCGGAUAUCAGGAAGUUCAAAGCGUUCAAAUGAGGAGAAUGAUGACCAUGGGAAGUCGCAGGUCUCCAAAAGCAGCAGCAACAAGGAAUCCAGGUCAUCCAAACUCCAUAAGGAGAAGACCCGGAAAGAACGUGAGUUGAAGUCCGGGCACAAAGACCGGAGUAAAAGUCAUCGGAAGCGGGAAACACCCAAAAGUUACAAAACCGUGGACAGCCCCAAACGGAGGUCCAGGAGUCCCCACCGGAAGUGGUCGGACAGCCCCAAGCCAGAUGAUAGCCCCUCCGGAGCUUCUUACGGCCAAGAUUAUGACCUUAGUCCCCCGAGGUCUCACUCCUCUAGCAACUAUGACUCCUACAAGAAGAGUCCGGGAAGUACCUCAAGAAGGCAGUCGGUCAGCCCACCUUACAAGGAGCCUUCGGCCUACCAGUCCAGCACACGGUCGCCCAGUCCCUACAGUAGACGACAGAGGUCGGUGAGUCCCUAUAGCCGGCGACGUUCUUCCAGCUAUGAAAGGAGUGGCUCUUACAGUGGGAGAUCGCCCAGUCCCUACGGCCGCAGGCGGUCCAGCAGCCCUUUCCUGAGCAAGCGCUCUCUGAGCCGGAGUCCGCUCCCCAGUAGAAAAUCCAUGAAGUCUAGAAGUAGAAGUCCCGCAUAUUCAAGACACUCAUCUUCUCAUAGUAAAAAGAAGAGAUCCGGGUCACGCAGUCGACAUUCCAGUAUCUCACCUGUCAGGCUUCCACUGAACUCCAGCUUGGGAGCUGAACUCAGUAGGAAAAAGAAGGAAAGAGCAGCUGCUGCUGCAGCAAAAAUGGAUGGAAAGGAAUCCAAGGGUUCACCUAUAUUUUUGCCUAGAAAAGAGAACAGUUCAGUAGAGGCUAAGGAUUCAGGCUUGGAGUCUAAAAAGUUACCCAGAGGUGUAAAAUUGGAAAAAUCUGCCCCAGAUACUGAACUGGUGAAUGUAACACAUCUAAAUACAGAGGUCAAAAAUUCUUUAGAUACAGGGAAAAUAAAGUUGGAUGAGAACUCUGAAAAACAUCCUGUUCUUAAAGAUUCGAAAGGACAGGGAACAAGAGACUCUAAACCUGUAGCACUGACAGAGGAGAUUGCUACUCCAAAAGAGACAGAGACAUCUGAAAAGGAGACCCUUCCACCUCUUCCCACAGUUACUUCUCCACCUCCUUUGCCAACUACUACCCCUCCACCUCAGACACCCCCCUUGCCACCUUUGCCUCCACUACCAGCUCUUCCACAGCAACCACCUCUGCCUCCUCCCCAACCAGCAUUUAGUCAGGUUCCUUCUUCUAGUACUUCAACUUUGCUCCCUUCUAUUCACCCAAGGACAUCAACUCUGUCCUCUCAGGCAAAUUCUCAGCCCCCUGUACAGGUUUCUGUGAAGACUCAAGUAUCUGUAACAGCUGCUAUUCCACACCUAAAAACUUCAACGUUGCCUCCUCUGCCCCUCCCACCCUUAUUACUGGGAGAUGAUGACAUGGAUAGUCCGAAAGAAACUCUACCUUCAAAACCUGUAAAGAAAGAGAAGGAACAAAGGCCACGUCACCUACUCACAGACCUCCCUCUCCCUCCAGAGCUCCCUGGUGGGGAUCCAUCUCCCCCAGACUCUCCAGAACCAAAGGCAAUCACACCACCUCAUCAACCAUACAAAAAGAGACCAAAAAUUUGUUGUCCUCGUUAUGGAGAAAGAAGACAAACAGAAAGUGACUGGGGGAAACGCUGUGUGGACAAGUUUGACAUUAUCGGGAUUAUUGGAGAGGGAACCUAUGGCCAAGUAUAUAAAGCCAAGGACAAAGACACAGGAGAGCUAGUGGCCCUGAAGAAGGUGAGACUGGACAAUGAGAAAGAGGGCUUCCCAAUCACAGCCAUUCGUGAGAUCAAAAUCCUUCGUCAGCUAAUCCACCGAAGUGUCGUUAACAUGAAGGAAAUUGUCACAGAUAAACAAGACGCGCUGGAUUUCAAGAAAGACAAAGGAGCCUUUUACCUUGUAUUUGAGUAUAUGGACCAUGACUUAAUGGGACUGUUGGAAUCUGGUUUGGUGCACUUUUCUGAGGAUCAUAUCAAGUCAUUCAUGAAACAGCUAAUGGAAGGCCUGGAUUACUGUCACAAAAAGAAUUUCCUGCAUCGGGAUAUUAAGUGUUCUAACAUUUUGCUGAACAACAGUGGGCAGAUCAAACUAGCAGAUUUUGGACUUGCCCGGCUCUAUAAUUCUGAAGAGAGCCGCCCUUAUACAAACAAAGUCAUUACUCUGUGGUACCGACCUCCAGAACUUCUGCUGGGAGAGGAGCGUUAUACGCCAGCGAUAGAUGUUUGGAGCUGUGGAUGCAUCCUUGGGGAACUGUUCACAAAGAAGCCAAUUUUUCAAGCCAAUCUGGAACUGGCUCAGCUAGAACUGAUCAGUCGACUCUGUGGUAGCCCUUGUCCAGCUGUGUGGCCUGAUGUUAUCAAGCUGCCCUACUUCAAUACAAUGAAACCGAAGAAGCAAUAUAGAAGGCGCCUACGAGAAGAAUUCUCUUUCAUUCCCUCAGCAGCACUUGAUUUACUGGACCACAUGCUGACGUUAGAUCCUAGCAAACGUUGUACAGCUGAACAGACCCUACAGAGUGACUUCCUUAAAGAUGUCGAGCUCAGCAAAAUGGAUCCUCCAGACCUUCCCCACUGGCAGGAUUGCCAUGAAUUAUGGAGUAAGAAACGGCGACGGCAGCGACAAAGCGGUGUUUUGGUAGAAGAGCCACCUCCACCCAAAGCCUCUCGGAAAGAAACUAUCUCAGGGACAAGUGCUGAGCCUGUGAAGAACAGCAGCCCAGCACCACCUCAGCCUGCUCCUGGCAAGGUGGAGCCUGGGGCUGGGGACACAAUAGGCCUCGGUGACAUCACACAGCAGUUGAAUCAAAGUGAAUUGGCAGUGUUAUUGAACCUGCUCCAGAGCCAAACCGACCUGAGUAUUCCUCAAAUGGCGCAGCUGCUUAACAUCCACUCCAAUCCAGAGAUACAGCAGCAGCUGGAGGCCCUGAACCAAUCCAUCAGUGCCCUAACAGAAGCCACUUCCCACCAGCAGGACUCAGAGCCCACGGCCCCAGAGGAAUCUUUGAAGGAGGCACCCCCUGCCCCAGUGGUCCAACCUUCAGCAGAACAGACAACCCCUGAAGCUUCAAGCACACCAGCUGACAUGCAGAAUAUGUUGGCAGUUCUCUUGAGUCAACUAGUGAAAACCCAGGAGCCAGCAGGCAACCUGGAGGAAAACAACAGUGACAAGAACAGUGGGCCACAGGGGCCCCGAAGAACCCCCACAAUGCCACAGGAGGAGGCAGCAGCAUGUCCUCCUCACAUUCUUCCACCAGAGAAGAGGCCCCCUGAGCCCCCCGGACCUCCACCGCCGCCACCUCCACCCCCUCUGGUUGAAGGCGAUCUUUCCAGCGCCCCCCAGGAGUUGAACCCAGCCGUGACAGCCGCCUUGCUGCAACUUUUAUCCCAGCCUGAAGCAGAGCCUCCUGGCCACCUGCCACAUGAGCACCAGGCCUUGAGACCAAUGGAUUACUCCACCCGACCCCAUCCCAACAGGACUUACGGAAACAAUGAUGGGCCUGAAACAGGGUUCAGUGCCACUGACACUGAUGAACGCCACUCUGGUCCAGCCUUGACAGAAUCCCUGGCCCAGGCCCUGGUCAAGAACAGGACCUUCUCGGGCUCUGUGAGCCACCUUGGGGAGUCUAGCAGUUACCAGGGCACAGGGUCAGUGCAGUUCCCAGGGGACCAGGACCUCCGUUUUGCCCGGGUCCCCUUAGCAUUACACUCAGUGGUCGGGCAACCAUUCCUGAAGGCUGGGGGAAGCAGCAACUCUGUGGUACAUGCAGAGACCAAAUUGCAAAACUACGGGGAGCCGGGGCCAGGAACCACCGGGGCCAGCAGCUCAGGAGCAGGCCUUAACUGGGGGGCCCCAGCUCAGUCUUCUGCUUAUGGAAAACUCUACCGGGGGCCUACAAGAGUCCCUCCAAGAGGGGGAAGAGGGAGAGGAGUUCCUUACUAACCCAGAGACCUCAGAGUCCUGAAAGAUUCCUUCCCUAUCCAUCCUUCCACCCAGUCCUCUGAACCUUUAAUGAAAUCAUUUGCCAGCGCGAGGUAAUCAUCUGCAUUUGGCUACUGCAAAGCUGUCUGUUGUAUUUCUUGCUCACUUGCCACUAGCAAGCGACGUAUAAAAUAGUGAUGUUGGCACCAGUUCCCCCUGGAUGGGCUAUAGCCAGAACAUUUACUUCAGCUCUACCUAGUAAAUAUAAGUAGAGAGUACGGAGAGGGUCAUUCAAUUGAAAAGUAAAUGUUUAAUUAGUUCAUUCCCUGUACUUCUGGAACAGAAGAAAAAGGAAACAGUUUCAAUUUUGAGGUGGUUCAGGAGAGGCUCUCUUUAGGUUUUGAAAGUUUUGUGGGUUUUUUUGUUUUUGUUUUUUUAAGAGAACAGUGUUCACAAAAUUUGAGCUGCUCUUAGGCUUUUGCUAUAAGGGAAACAGAUGACUGGCUGAUUUAAAUAAAUGUUUCCUUCCUCUCCACCAUCUCACAUUUUUGCUUUCAAGUGAACUCUUUUUUUACCCCAUUGAGCAUCUUGAACAUACCUUUUUUCCAAAUAAAUUGCUUGUCCUUAAAGUUUGCUCCACUUUGAGAAAAGACAUGCCCCGUCUCUCCCUGCACAUGAAGCAGGUUGUAGAAAGUGGCAUUCUUGGGCAAGUAGGUAGACUUUACCCCGUCUCUUACCUUUUUUACCCCAUCUUUUUUUUUUUUUUUUUUUUUUUUUUUUUUUUUGCGGUACGCGGGCCUCUCACUGUUGUGGCCUCUCCCGUUGCGGAGCACAGGCCAGGCUCAGCGGCCAUGGCUCACAGGCCUAGCCGCUCCGCGGCAUGUGGGAUCUUCCCAGACGGGGGCACGAACCCGUGCCCCCUGCGUCGGCAGGCGGACUCCCAACCACUGCGCCACCAGGGAAGCCAUUUACCCCAUCUUUAUAGUUUUUCUUUCAUUCGCUCUCUCUGUCUUCUCUCUUUUUUGAGGCAUUUGUUUGGAAAAAAUUAAUUGUUGAGAUGCCCAAAAACCUGGGAUAAUUCUUUACUUUUUUUGAAAUAAAGGAAAGGAAAUUCUAACUCCUAUAUUGUUCUCUGUAAAUCUUCAAUUCUAAAAUGUUUUUUGGUUUUUUUAAAACCACGUUCUGAUGGUGAAGUUGAUUUGUAGUUGCAACCAGCCUAGGACAUUGCUGCUGAGCUAGGGUAGGAGAUGAUGCCUCCAUACAUGGAGGGCUACUAAGAUCAGUUAGCAUACAUACUGUUUACGCAUAUAUUUUUAUGUCAAGAAGAACCUUUGAAACAGAGCAUUGUAAUAUUGUCAAAGAGAAAAAAAUACAUCCUGAAAAUACAUGGAAAUGUAACUUAGUUUAGGGUGGAUAUUUUUCUGAAGAUGUAUCACUACCUGAGACCUUUUUUAAAAAAAUAAUUUUAAAAGAGCAGACCAUAAGAAAGAACAGUAUUGACAUAUACACAUCUCAGCAUGUAUAUCCUGCCAAUUCUUUUAGGGAUUUUCCUCCAGAGAGGUUUGAUUUUGGUUUUGGUAAAAGGGGUUAAAUUAUGACUUCAUGGCAAGAAUUUUGCCUUAUUAUAAACAGAAAAUGGAAGAGGGAAAGGCUUUCAGGGUGGGAUAACCUGGGAGGUUUCUCAUUCUGGCUUCCACUUUUGUGUGAGUACCAGCAUAUAAUGUGUUUUUAAAACAUAUACAUUUAAAUAAAUUAUCUGCACAGACCUAGGCCUUUGUGAAACGUAGGUUAGUCCCGUUUUACAAAGAAAAGGCAAAUAUGUUUCAGCAUCUUGGAGAACAGUUUACAGACCUCAAGUAAAGUUUCAUGUUUCAAUGCCAAGUUCUUAUAUUAAAAAAUAAACACUACUUGUAAGAGAGAGGUGCGUUAAUUAAAAAAUAAAACAAAAACAACAACAACAAAAAUCUUUAAAGAAAUGAAAGAAGAACCCUCUUCUGAUACUUACAUGAAGACUAAUUUCCCCUGUUACUGAAAUAGGCAGAUAUCCGGUGUGUGCAUUUCUUUAUUAUUCUCUGGGUUUUGGUCUGGCCUUGCCCUCAGGGCCAAACAUUGAUUAAAAAGAGAACCUUCUAGCCAUUUUGGCAUUGAUGGCUUUUUAUACCAGUGUGUCCAAUUAGAUUUGCUAGGCUCACUGACAUGCUAUUGGUAAAUUGCAUUAAAGUUCAUCUGAACCUUUUGUCUGUUGACUUCUUAGUCCUCAGACAUGGGCCUUUGUAUUUUAGAAUAUUUGAAUUAGAGUCAUUGAGCCCUGCUCUCCCAUUUUUGAUUAAAGAACGUAAGCCUGGGAUACUUUCAAAAGUAUCCAGUGAGAAAAAUUGGUUUCCCAUCAAAUAUGAAUAAAAUUCUCUAUAUAUUUUAAUUGUAUUUUGGUUAUCAGCAGUCAUCAAUAGUGUUUUUCCCUCUCCACCCCUUAUUUUUAAUUAUGCCAAAUACUCUAAAUAAUAUACUUAAAUCUCCAUUCCCCUAUCCCUACUACUAGGGAAGGGGGUGAGUAUGUGUGUGUGUGUGUUUGUGUAUGUAUGAUCCCAUCUCAACCCCCACCCCCAUUUUGGGAAUCUAACCUUUAAAAAGAAAAAAAUAUAUUUUGGACUAUUUCUAAAGGCGGAGGGACAAAGAACCUGUAAUCUGUCUGGAGGAAGGAAAGGUAUUUGCUAAUUUUUCAGCUAUGUUACCUAUAAACGUGAUGGAAGUACAGGUUUGGCAGAAUUUCUGCUUGGCUAUUAGAAAAUUACAAACCCAAUUAAUUAUAUUCAAAAGUGGUUUUGGUUUUAGUUACUGAACCAUGGGAGAUAUUGUCCAUUAAAUACAUUAUUUUGAACAGAUGAGAAGUCUGAUUCUGUUCACGAAUGAGUGGCAAAACUGGUUUGACCAUGAUCAUUUUUGUGUUUUGAAAACAAAUUUGCCUGACCCAGUUUCUUUAGUUUUUUCCUUCAACUGUCCAUGGGAACGAUAAGGAUUUGAAAAUACCAGAUCUAUAUGUUUAAAAGCAGGGCAGUUAGCACGAAUUUGUAAGUAGGAUUUCUGUUAGCUUAUGCCAUAGACAUCACCCAGCCACCUGUGUGUGUGUGUGUGUGUGUGUGUGCGUGUGUGUGUAUGUAAUAUGCAUAUAUAGUUACAGUACUAAAAUGGUUACCAGCAGGUUUUGAGAGAGAAUGCUGCAUCAGAAAAGUGUCAGUUGCCACCUCAUUCUCCCUGAUUUAGGUUCCUGACACUGUAUUCCUUUCUCUCUCUUGCUUUUGCCCUCCAUCGGGUUUACCUUGUCUAUGUAUAGAUAUUUUGUAAUAUAUUAAAUUUUUUCUUUCAGUUUAUAAAAAUGGAAAG